AUCAAGUUCUUACAUGACAUGCAUAGUGGCACUCCUGGGAACAUGUUCUUUCCUUGUUCCUCUGCAGUUCUUUAACAAUAACUGCCUUAAAAACACAGUCAGACAGGUGGAGCACACAAAAAAGACAAAAGACACAAAAGGCAGGAUGUCUCUGACCACGACCCAGGCUGAUGGGCUCACCGUGUUAACUUUCACCACUGGCCCUGAAAGCUCUUGUCCUCCACUGUGUCAAAUCAUAAAGGGCCUUUGCUACAGCCCUGUGUGCUGCUCCGUGUCUCAGCACCUGAGGAGGGUGCAGAGAUAUUACCAGUCACUACUGGGGGCUCUGCACAUUAUGAUUGGCUUGCUCAACAUCGGCCUUGGAGAGAUCCUCAUUAGCUGUGGUGCCACUUGGUGGCAAAUGGAUGCGUCAGGAUUUCGCUAUUGGCUUGGAGGAAUGUAUAUAUUGUUUGGUAUUGUGAGCAUUUUGACUGAGAAAUACCCCAGUCCAUGUCUGGUCAUCCUCAACGUGAUUCUGAAUCUGGCCGCAAUUGCUUUGGGCAUUGCAGCCAUCGUACUCUACAUGAUCAAUAUCGGAAUGUUGUGGGUCUGGCGGAUGUAUCAUGAAAUAUACUGGCCUGGAUUCUACGCAAGGCCUCCUUACAAGGUCAUCUUAGACGAGGGCCAAGCACUGGUUAUAAUGUUCGUAAGAGGCAUCAAUGCUGUGCUGAUAGUUCUGUCAAUCCUGGAGAUCUGCGUCGCCAUCGCCUCUUUCCUCUUGGGGAUCACGGCUCUGAGGAGCAGAGAGAAGAGAGAGGACGAGAGCAAUGAUGAACCAGAACACUACAAAGAACUCCUGGAGGAAGUCACCAUGAUCAGCAGAGGGUUAAAUGUCUUUAUCACUUCCUUAUUGAGGGAGGGACUUCUGGGAACAGGUCAGUUCCUAGUUCUUCUCCAGUGUCCAAACCAUAACUGCGUCACGAACACAGACAGGUGGAGCCGUUCAGGUUUUGCUCCUAUUCUAACAGACAGGAAAAGGGGUACAGGAGCAGGAAGGAUGUCUCUGACCAUGGGCAAGGCUGAUGGGGUCACUGUGGUCACUUUGACCUCUGACCCUGAAAGCUCUUGUCCUCCACUGUGUCAAAUCCUCAUGAGCCUUUGCUACAGCCCCGUGCUGUGCUCCGUGUCUCAGCACAUGAGGAGGUUCCAGAGAAAUUCUCUGUCAGUACUUGGGGCUCUGCAUAUUAUAGAUGGGUUGCUCAACGUCGGCAUUGGAGUGAUUCCCUCGGUGGUGAUUUGGGGGAAUAAGCAUCUCUAUUGUCUCGGACCUGUUUUUAUCUUCUUGGGUCUCAUGAACAUUUUGUCUGAGAAGUACCCCAGUAUAUGUCUGGUCAUCCUCAACGUGACAGUGAAUCUAGUCGGAGUUGGUAUUGCCAUUGCAGCCAUCGUACUCAACAGCAUCAGUACAGCAAACAUACAGCAAGACUUAAGUUGGGCAUGUUAUUACAGUUCAGAAUACAGAACCUUAUCUCCUAUUGAAGAUUUCAUGAAGAAGAAAUGUGAGGAGGACACAGCACUGGCUCUGAUGCUUUUCAGAGGCAUGAAUGCUUUGCUGAUUGUUCUGGCAGUCCUGGAGCUCUGCGUCGCCAUCAGCUCUGUCGUGUUGGGGAUCAAGGCUCUGAGGAACUGCAAGAAGACAAAAAACAAGAGCACUGAUGAUGCAGAACACUACCAAGAACUGCUGAGGGAGGUCACCAGUAACCCCACAGCCUAAAUGAAAACCUCUGCUUUAUGCCAUCAUACUACAACCAUUUGCAUUUUAAACCGUUGUGACUUAUUGUAACCUCAGUGAUUUACAGAAAUUAUCUGGUAGAAUCUCUGCCAAACACCUGAUGUUUUCUUAAAAGAGCUGCUUAAGAAUAUUUGCACUUUUGGUAAUACUCAGCACUACACUGCGCUUGUUGCUGUCCAUUUCAUUUUCAGUUUUAUUGUUUGUUUUUGUUUUUAAUCCUUCAAGUUAACUGUGAUUUUCUAUCAAGUAUAAUGUAUGUGAAGGAAGAUUCAAGUGUGUUUGACGUAGAUUUUUGGGGUGGCACUUAUGAAAUAAAGGCAUCUAAAUUGGUGUUUUUUUGUUUAAUAACUAAUUUGUAAAAACAAAAAACAAAAAAACAAUCUGCAUUAUGUAUUCUACAAUUUAUUUUGUCCAUGUGGUGUCAAGUCACGUCACAAUAGCCGUGGGUAUGACUUCUUGAAACUGUUUCCAAUUUGCAGCAUUCCUUUUCACCUCGGUCAAGGAGUUUGUGUUUUCACCUGUGGUCUGUUUGUUUGUGAGCAAGUUUUCAUAAAUCUACCCAACAGAUUUCCAAUGAACUUGAAAGGAGGAUGGAUCUUGGCUCAGAAAAGACCCCAUUAACCUUUCUUUCUUUAUCCGGAUAAAAGAACAGAUCCAGUAUGAUAUCAAACCACUUUAAAAAAAUAAAGCCAUCAAAAGUAGUGACUGUUACAAAUUUCAAUUCUGUUUGUAUUUUUGUCAUCAGCUUAAUAACCAGUUGUAAAAAUGCCUGUAUCAUUACUUACUUACUUUAUUUCCUUGUGUGUUUUUAACAAUUACCAUCAUUCAUAUUUUACGUAAGCAGAGCCAUCGCUAACAGCUUUUAAGAUCAAUUCUAAUAUGCAAUGUCUUUAGAUUUUCUGCCAUUUACGUCUCUCCAUAAAACACUGAAUGAUAA